GCGAAAACUUCCCUCCUACUUUCAUCACCCCCACAUCCCCAACAUCCCCCUCCAUAGAAUAUACUUGAGAGAAAUGGAAGGCUCUUCUUCUAAACUUUUUGUGACAUCUCUUCUCAUACUACUUGCCACUAGCUCAAGCUUAGUGGCUAUGGCGAGCCCGUUGAGCACCGAGUUCAUCAGAACGUCUUGCAGAUCAACAACCUAUCCAGGACUUUGCUUCAGCUCUCUCUCUAUCCAUGCAAAUUUGAUCCAAACAAGCCCUCGGAUUCUGGCCAGCACGGCCCUCAACGUGACUCUUUUGUCGGUUCGCUCGACCUGUUCGGCGAUGAAGGAGCUGUCGAAGAGCCGAGGAAUGAGCCAUAGAGUGCUUGGCGCCAUGAAGGACUGUGUGGAGGUGUUUGGCGAUGCGGUGGACCAGCUUCAGAGGUCUAUAGGUCAGAUGGGCAAGCUUAAGGGGUCUAAUUUUCAGAUGUUUAUGAGUGAUAUACAAACUUGGGUCAGUGCUGUUUUGACGAAUGAGGAUACGUGCAGUGAAGGGUUUGCAGGGAAUGCCAUGAAUGGGAAGGUGAAGACCAUUGUUAGGGGCAGGAUUGUGAAAGUUGCACAAUUGACUAGCAAUGCCUUGGCUUUGGUUAAUCAAUUUGCAUCUCUUCAUGGUUAAUUAGAUUCGUGAGGUCGUGAGGUUAUAUUAUAUUAGUUAUUAUGCAUUAUAGAAGAAAAAAAAAACGAACUUUUCUUGUUAAUGCCUUUUAUAGGGUGUGAAAAUGUACUAUGAUGUGAUAUAAAGGUUAAGUUGUUUUUGUUUUUUUUUAAGAACUAUGAUGUGAUAUAAAAUGUUAAGUUGUUUUUGUUUUUUUUUUAGAA